UGAAGAGCUUCGCGGCUCAUCUUUUAUUUUAAAACUUCAAAAAAGACGACCUGUCAUAUUUUGACACAUUCCUGUCAGGCAAGCUUUUUGAUUUUUUUUUUUUUUUCCAGAACUUGCGACUGAAGUUUCGUAAGCCUGAGGGACGUGAAUCUUUUCCUCCUGCCCACGAAAGAGAGACGCGAAUGUAGAGUUCAGCCGUGAACACGACCCACCGGAGCUUGAUUUACUUCCAUCCAGGGAGAGUGGUGGAUGCACAGUCAAUAUUUACAAUAAGAGAAGUCAUCCUGUCCAUGGAGCCCAGUAAUGAUGUCCCUCGGGACACCAAUGUGACAGUGAGAUGCUGUGCUGUUGUCAGCAGCAAAGGCCAGGAGGUACUAAAUUGUCAGUACACCAUAUUCAAGGACAGGGUCCAGGUCUAUACCAAGACCACCACCAGCUCGGAGGAUCUUCUGUACCCACUGCCCAUGGCCAGAGCCUUCAACAGCGGCAAAUAUACGUGCCAGAUCGACAUUGAGGGCAAAAGGGAGGUCAGCCCCUAUCAGAAACUCACAGUGACAGGCUUGUCAAAACCAGAGCUCCAUCUUAACAAGGCUGUGGUCAAUGAGGGGGAGGAGGUAACAGCCAGAUGCACAGCACCCGGUGAGACAGGCUCCAUCAUUUUCUAUUUCUACGAUAACUCCAAAGAGAUCAAGGAGGAGCAGGUCAGCUCCAACUACGCUGAGACCAAGUUUCGCUUCACCAGCAUUGGCUACCACAAAUUUCACUGUGCCUACACUGUGGUGGUAGUGGUAGACGGCUUCAGGUCUGAGCAAAGCAACAUCAUCACGGUUUCAGUCAAAGGUAUGUAGAGUUUUGAUGUUUCUUUAUUUUUCAAAGCAUCAGCCCGGCCUCAGGGCUUUUUCUCCAUUGAUUUUGUCUCCUUCGAGUUACCCUACACACCAGUUUUGGAGAUUUUCCCUAACUAC